GGAAGCGGCGGUAUAUAAAGAGGGUCAAUUAGGAGGUCGCGAUAGUAUUUGCUUGUGGUUCGGAGGGGAAACAGUGUCUCGCGCGCGAGCGAGCGCGUGGAAUUUGCGUUACUUCGAUCGAGGAAUGCGUAGGAGUUGUACAGAACAGUUAGACCUACAGUAAUCAGAGAAGCGAGUCAGGAUGGUGGGUCUAAUGGGCGGAAUGUUAUCCAACACCUUUUGGAAAGCAGUGGGCGGCGAACCUCCUUCGACGGGAGGUGAGACCCAUCGCACCGUCAGCGACUUCAGGCGAGGACACACGGUGGGAGCCUUUCAUACACCCCGCCCUCAGAUACUCAGGUGCCCCGUCAACAGCAACGCGAGUCAGGGUGAGAUCAGCUUCUUAUAUAUCAAAUCCGACCAUUUCUGCGAGGCUAUGAGCUGUGGUCGCGAUGACCUCACGCGACAGGGAUGCGCCGUAGGUGGUGGCGUUCGCUCCCCUCAGGAAGCUGACGGAGACUGGGUGAUGUCCGACCUGACCUCUCCGCGGUUUCUGCCGAGCGUCAGGACAACAGAUUUGGGCUCUAAGCAGGCAUUCGCCUCCUCCGUGACCUCUACCACGAUGGCCAAAAUCGACAAUGCCCCUUCGAAUAACGACACCGAUUUGGGCGUUCUGAACCCGUCGCAUUUCACGGCGGAUCCGCCGAAGUCCGCCGUGACGACGGACAUUUACUUCCGAGUGCGUUCGGAAAUCCCGCCAAAUCGGAUGUCGGUUUCGCCCGAGAUCAACGAAAACUUGAAACGUUUCCCCGUCGAGGGGCAAGAUGCAAAUCAUUGUGAGAACGGCGAUCUCGCCAUGAAGAAGACGAAGAGGAAGAGGAAACAACAGCAGCAGCAGCAGAAGGCGGCCAGGAAUUGCAUUGACAACAACAUCGACUCACUCCCAACAACCCCUGGCAACUGUGGCUCGGGCCAGGGUGAGGAGGCGUGGCCGCGUCAGUGCGCUCUGAGCCGUCAUUCAGGUAGUUUUGGUACUACGUGGUGUUGCAGCAGGAAAUCUUGCCACGCUUGUGUGAUGGCAUCGUCGUCAAAUGGCCAGGGAACUGUAGUGCCUGGAACAGUGUCAUUAGCCCUCGUCGGUGGACGGGAAUCUCCCCUCCCCCCAGAACCCCCUCCAGUGAGUGUCAAUCCCGAAGGAAUGAUUCCAAAUGCAAAUAACACUAGUGUGCCGUCUACAGCGAUCUCAGGAGGAGAAGCCGCUACAGCUAGGGCUGGCUGUAGUAGCACCGGCGGCGGCGGCGGAAAGCAAGCAACAAGCACUUGCGGCGGCCCUCCCUUCGUAGGAUACAGGGAGGACAUCAGGGCCUUCGACAUCUACCAGAUCACGCCGCACGUGCCCUCCUCCGAGGCACAUUACUCGCGACUGCCAGCCGCCCUGUCGCCCCUGACCGAUUCCUCGUCGUCUUCUUCCUCCUCGGAUUCCGACCCCGACGACGCCCGCAAGAGGCAGCAGGGCUUGAGGAAGAGGAAGAGGAAGAUCCCCAGCAGGAGGGAAGAGGAGGGCGAGAAGAGACAGAGGGAAGGGGAAUCGGACGAAGAAGCCAGCGAGGAAGGAGGCCCCUCCGGCCUUGAAAACGUUACAGUCUACACGUCGCCGUUUCUGGAGGACUACACCAACAGAAUCGCCGCCGUCCUUCAGACGAUAACGGAGAAGGGCGAGAGGACUCAACAACCCUCUGCCUUCUCCUCCUCUUCCUCCUCCUCAUCCUCCUCCUCCACCUGCAGAGGGUCGCCACACUCCCAAAGGCGCGUCUCUUUCUCCUUCGGCACAAGUGAACCCUCAACCUCUAGUACCAUACCACGCAAUUCCACAACCACGAACACCCCCUCCCCCUCCUCCUCCUCCUCCAAGCAUAAAGGACGCGAUGACGAAGGUGACGUCCACAUGGAUGAUGAUGAUGAUGAUGACGAUGAGGAUGACGAAGCCUCUACCGUUGUUCCCGAUGACUUCCAUGAUGACGACGAUACCGACUCUGACAUCGAAAUCUUAGGACAAUCAGCAGAAUCGUGGGUGGACUUGUCCAACCAGCCGGAGGAGAGCCCCGAUCGAGUGACGCCUCUGCCCUUCGGCAACGGCGAGGAGUACAUCCGCCUCCUGAGGGAGGCGCAGAGGGAGAGCAACCAUUCCUCGGCCAGGGUGUCCCUCGCCUCGUCCCGACGUGACACGCCCAGGGACUCCCCUCACGAUUCACCGAGGUCUCCUCCAAAUAGUCCAAACACAGAAAUGACCACGGACCCAGAGGAGGCCCUACCGAAAGAUGUCUACAUCAACUAUUACAAUAAGGAAGGUGACUUCAUCAGUGUUGAGAGAAACACUGAAACUGACUGGAUCUGGGACUGGAGCAGUCGGCCUGACCAGACUCCACCCAAGGAGUGGCGGUUUAGUCACCCUGGAAAGGGAGUGAAUCGCGGUGCCAGCAUCCGGCGUGUGAUGGUGGGGAAGUCAUCUCUGUUUUCAAGGGAUGUUCUCUACACACUGUUAAUCACCAAUGUUUUGUCCCUCCUCAUCGGCACAGGAAUUGGGAUUUGGCUGUCGAAACGCUCAAGCAGUGGAACGAUUGUGACUUUACCCAUCAAUUGAUCUCUAGCUACCCUGGCGAAUGCCUUGUCUUGCCCUCUGCUCAGCAGUAGCAGCAGCAUUUGCAGAUACUUUCCUCCCAAUGCUAUUUCUUCAUCUCACGGGCUAAUUCACCGUGCAUUUCUAAAUUAAGUACUGUAUCUUUAAUUGCUACUAGCUUUAAUUAAGACUAGAUGUCUCCCAGCUUAUAUUCUUAUUUGUUUUUUGUUAGGGGAUGUCCUAUUACCAUUCAGAAAUUCUUAUUGACUCAGGAUGAUGGACUUACUAUUAUGUUUAUUCAAUGCUUUAUUCAAUGCACUCUCCUACUACCAUUCAAAAGUUUUUCAGUUACUAAGGAUUGAGUUUUUAUGUCAGUCAGUGCACUGUCUUGUUCAACACAGGCAGUUUGUGUUCAGAACAAUUGUUUACUUAUAAGAAAGGGAUUCAAUUAAAUUUUUUGUAAAGGAAAAUUGAGCAAAAUGCUACUCAACAUUUAUUGAGUUUUUCUUGUAUUAAUGUUACCCAAAACUUUACAGGUAAAGCUAAUGAUCAAGAAGAGCACUGUAUCCGUGCUUUUGGAAGUUCAGGAUCGUAUUUCAUUCAUAUUAAUACAUAUACUAAAGUUGUCUUGGAUGUAGCAGGAUAGCUAGUGAUGUUUAUGUUAUGUCUUUCGUUACCUCUCGCACGAACAAAUUCCACAUCUUGUGGUAUUUGUCUUGGUAGGGCUGACAAGGAAAAGUCAUGUCGAGUUGAGCUGCCUUCAACUCGAUGGGGAGUUCUUCCGACGUAGUUCUUGUCUUGUUUCAUGAUUGUUCUCUACAUUUCUGUUGUUGUACAGUCUUCAUUUUUACAGGAUUAACUUUGUCAUGAAAGUACAUCAUUUACUUUUUGUCGUGUGGCAGUAUUAUCCUAUGUUGAGAAUUUUUAGUAAUGCCACACAUGCAGAACUGUACAAAUUAGGCAGGGGGAGGAGGGAUAGAUAUCUAGUCAGGUUUUCAUCGCAGGGUAGUAGUGCAGCAUUACGCACCACUACCCUGUAUUUCAAGAACUCUUUCCAAAGGGCUUUUCAUUUGUGUUCAAGUUAGAAAACAAAUGAUUUUUUCAAUGUCAACACAACUUUGUGAUUUUGCAUCACGAGGUUUUUCUCAUCUUUUUUGGAAAAUGCGACUAAGUCUUGGAGGAUGGUGGGCCAUUUAUUAUAUUUUGGCUGUGGUUUUCAAAUUCCCUUAUAGCAUUGUGAUCACUGCAUGAAGGCUGACUAAACACAUUAUAAAUACUGUACAGGCUGAAAGCUUGACGGGCAAGCGAUUAGCACAAUGUAUGUACGACCAAUUUAUUAGUUGGUGAUUUAGUGAAAUUUAGUGUUAGCAGCCCUUAGGUAUAUACAUCAAGUGAAUAUUGUCUGACGUAGUGUGUGUCCAGAACACAUUUCAGCAACAACAGUGUCUUCUUUUAUUCACGCAUUUAUACAGUACAGAAUGUAUUUCUGUUGACCAGGAAGUCACUACUAGCAAGUAAUAGUCAUCGGCGUAUGUAACUAGAGCCGCUGAAAUUACCAAACAUUACAUGCCAUUGGUAUUGGAAACAAUCUACCUAAUUUUUCUUUUGGUUUUAGGAAAGGACAAAAAUUUUUAUUUUUUUCAUAUACCGUAUCAGUAAGGUAUAUUAGGAAGCUAUAAUAUAGCUUCCUUCAUGUAUUUCUCUUCACAUUUUUUCUAUAUGAAAAAUGCAAGAGCAUCUGGUUAGACCCUCUAUGUUACUGUACAGUAGACAGGGCCAAUGUUACGUAGACUCUUUGUAUCUGCAACAACAGCGCCUUCAGUUGAAAAAGAACUGUAUGAAAUUUGGAGAUUUAUUGCGUAUCGAGUUGUUGUUUACGUUGUUAGAGGUUAAUGUACAGUAAUAUCUAGUAUUUUAUUUACUCUAAUGCAGUUGUGCUUUUUGCUGAAACAGAGAGUCCAACUAGCUCUUAUCUCAAUUAUCUCUUUUUUUAUAAAAAAGUGUUUUCUAAAAAUUUUCCUGUGAUAAGCAUACAGUAAAAUCUUAGGAAAAAAAAUUACAGUAUAGCAUUCUUUAACACAAUAUUCUCAUCCCCUGUUUCUGUACUCUCCUUACGUGUCUGUACAAUUGAGUGUUCCACAUUACUUGGGUUCUUCUCCUCCACUGCUGUAUUGUCCACAAUUUGUUCUCUUUAAGCUUAUACAUUGUAAGAUGUAGUCUUUGCAAGCGAAGUUUCUUCAUCAAAUUAAUAAUAUUCCUCUGGAUGACCAGCAUUGUUGGGGUUACAGUAUCCAGCUUUCUAGUUUUGUAUUGCUGUCAUAAAAAAGGCCAAAUAUACAAAGGUAAUAUA